AUGAGACGACGACGCGCGCGGAUGCGCGGGGGCGGCGGCGACGACGGCGACGCGCUCGUCGCGCUCGUCGCGUCCGCGCGGCGCGGCGCGUCGACGCGCGGGAGCGUCCUGCGCGAGGCGCUCUCGCGCGCGGAGGCGGCGUCGACGCGCCUUCGCGAGCGCGAGCGCGCGCUCGCGCGCGCUCGCGACGACGUCGCGGACGCGUCGCGCGCGCUCGACGUCGCGCGCGCGCCGCCGCCGGCGCCGCGCGAGGUCGUCGCCGACGUCGUCGUCGCCGACGUCGUCCUCGCCGAGGACGCGUUUCGCGCGCUCGAGCGCGGCGGCGACGCGCGGACGGAGGAGGCGCGACGCGCGAGGAUCGCGCGCGCGUGGGGCGAGCGAGGCGCCGCGAUCGUGCUCGCGGGCGACGGCGACGGCGACGGCGACGGCGCGGGCGACGGCGCGGACGCGGAUGCGGACGCAGCGCGCGGGACGCGCGCGCGCGCGCUCGUCGCGCUCGCGAAGGACGUCUUCGCGCAGGAGCGGAAGCUCGCGCGCGCGAGGGAGCGCGCGCGCGGCGUCGGCGCGGGCCCGUUCGACGUCGCGUGGCGCGAGACGGCGACGGCUGUUGACUAG